AUGAAGGCUGUUGUUAGAAAUAAAAACUCGACUUCAUCACUUCCAAAGCCACCCAAGACAACCAGCAGGGCUAACCCUGUCUCAAUAGCAACAACUAAAAGGGCUUCUUUGGGUGCCAGUCGUGUCAAAUUUGAAAAUGAUAAUGGGAAAGUUGCAAGCAAAGGGAGCAUGGCAUCAAAAGCACCUGCCUUGGUUAGUUCGCGUGGGGUUGUGCCAAAGCCUGCAUUAUCUUCUAAAUCCUCUUCUUUGAGUUCUUCAACUGCAACCAAGACACAAUCCAUAAGAUCUUCCUCCUCCUGUGACAGUUCAGGGAGUGCUUCAUCUGACAACAUUGGUAAAUCUACUUUGACUUCUGCGAGAAGAAGGAUCAAUACCAGAAUUGUUAACCCACCUUCUUCUGGCUCAAUUUUAAAAACCCCGUCAAACACUGCAUUGAAGACCAGAGCAACAUCUGGGGAUUCUGCUCUCUCAGUGUACUUGAUGUCUUCCAACCUCUCUUCAAGCAUUUCGCCUGCUAGUUCAAUUAGUGAAUGGUCAUUGGAGUCAUCCUCAUCAUCUUCUACAGUCAAUCAAAAGUCUAAAGAGCCUAGGGCUAGCCUCAAUUCCAGUUCUUGCAGAUCCUUAGCCAGUGAUGUCCCUCCUGCCUUGAAUGCGAAGGUCCAUUCCAAUGGUCAGACAUCAGAUGGCCGCGAAAACCAGAUAACAGGGCCUGGUCAACAAACGAAGAAAGCAUCAGCACAAAAUGACAUACUUUCUCGGUCAGCUUACACGAAACCCUCAGGCCUUCGAAUGCCAUCUCCAAAAAUUGGGUUCUUUGAUGGGGUGAAAUCUGUUGUUCGCACCCCCAAUGGCAGUAUGAAAUCUCAUUCAGGCUUACCAACUGGUAUGGCUAAAAUCGGAACUGGGAUAUGUAGCCCGAAUGGGAGUGGAAGCAAAGCAAAGGUUGGAAAGCUUACUCCUGCAAGAACGGUAAUGCCAAUCACAAAAAUGAAGCCUGUUAUGCAGACGCCUGUUUCUCCUACACCAUUUGAGGAACCACUCAAUGCUUCAACAAAGGUCUCUAAUCAGUCCACAGAUGUAAGAAGUUGCCCUAGCUUAUCUCCUGGUGUUCCAAAUGAAAUUGGUGGAAGAAGUUGCUUGAAGACUGUGGAAGUAGGAACUGAAGAAACUGAGCGAGCUAAACAUGUUCCAGAUUCAGGAAUGAAGGCUGUUAUGGAUGAAAAUCAAGGAACUGAAGAAACUGAGCGAGCUAAACAUGUUCCAGAUUCAGGAUUGAAGGCUGUUAUGGAUGAAAAUCAAGGUGUAUUGAAGAUUGAAAUGAGCUUAGAUGCGCAGGGGAGUGUUGGCUCAAAGGGUAUCAAGAUUGCUCCCAUUGAAGGGGAUACAAUUGAUUCGAGUUUUAAUUGUUUUUUUGAAAAUUCAAGCCCAUUUCAGAAAACUGGUGACCGCAAAGAGGAAUCUCUAACUGAACUGUCACAGCUCACUUCACUCUCCACUGCCUCGAGUAUCUUGAAAAUUACAGCGAGCAGGACUCCUUUUGCUGUCAAGAAUUCUUCUUGUAAUAGUGAGGAGAUUGGUUUUUCAAAAGAACUGAUCCUUUUGGCCCUAGAGAAUACAGCCACCUUGCCUUCUUCAGAGAUUGGUUCGAAAGAGAACAGUUGAAAACAGUUAUCAGCGAUGCAGCGCAUUUUUUCAAGGAAGUAUUAGGCCCGAAGAUGCUUCCGAGCAAAGCUUGUUUGGCAAAUGAGAGGAGCAUAUGACAUAUUUCAGAAUAUUGGACCUGAAUUUGAGGAUGUUGAUUGGAUUUUCUCAUGUUCACUGUGCAAGUUGUUUGAAGUUCAUAUUCGAUUCGAACACGCAUUAGAGGAGAAGAUGUGUUUUUGAAGGAGAGAAACCUUCUUGUGAUGUACCCUGUUAAUGUUACAGUUAAUUAAUUUCUCAUGCAGUGCAUAACUAUGUACUUCAGAGACAUAUCAAUCUCAUAUUGAAUAGUGUUUUCUACAUUGGUGCAGCAUUAUAAUAUUUAUAUAUUUUUCUGUUUGUUCAAUAAAUUCCUAAUGUACUCAUG